AUGGCGCCGACUUGUCCAAGAGAGGUUCCGGAGCGUAGAACUGCGCGGAGGUCGAGACUUGGCUGUCGAAAUUGCAAGCUUAGAAAACUGAAGUGUGACGAAGAAAAACCGGAUUGCAAGAGAUGUAUUUCGUUCGGGGUAUUGUGCAACUUCAUGUCGAAUAUUCCCGACCUACAACCUAUCGCCGCCGACACGGGGAGGCCAUUGGUGGUUCGAGGAAAAGCAGAGCUUCAACCCCCUAUUUCCAGUGCUAUCUGGACGUCUGAUGAAUUCAUAUCUUAUCAAUUGAACGCAAAGUGUCAAGAUUUCAUCACCCGAUAUCUUGGACGAAGUCUCAUUACUCCAGAUGACCCUAAUAUGAUACACGUUAAUCGCAAGCUCCUGGGACUGGCCUUCGCCCACCCAUUUUUAAUGCACGCCUCUCUUGCUGUGGCACUUACAUAUGACCGCUAUCUGAAAAGGCCACUAAGCUGUGCUCGCAGUCUAGAAGUGUGCUAUCACUGGUCUCAAAGCACAGUCCUCCUCAAUAGGCGGUUAAGGGAACCGAUUGAAGCGAAAGACAAGGAUCCAGUCUGGGGCACUGCAGCUGCUCUAGCUAUCUUGACCUUCUCGUCCCCCGAUGCAUGCACCCCGGAAGAAUCAUGGCCUUUAAAGUCCUCUGACAACUUCGAUCUGGACUGGUUACGUAUGAUCAAUGGUAAAAUGGCACUGUGGCACAUAGUGAAUCCGCUGCGAUCGGACAGUCUCUUCCGCGUCAUGGCGGCGACCUUUGCUGAUAUGUAUUCUCCCUUGCCAGAGAGGGGCAUAGAUGGUAUACCCAGGGCCUUAGCUGCUAUGUGCCUCCUCAAUGACUCAUCCAUGGCGAAGAACAAUCCAUAUUUCUAUCCCGCCCACGCAGUAUCCCAGACCUUGGACCUCCCGGAUAACAGGGUCACAACAGGUCAAACUCAAAUCUUCACGCGCAGUAUCCAUGGCGCUUUCGAAGAUUUGCUCCUGAAUAGGGACCCUGUAGCGCUUUUGUUAUUAUAUCUAUGGUAUCACAAAACAAGUCGCAGUAUAUGGUGGAUUGAACUUAGAGCUAGAGUGGAAUGUCCUUCCAUUUGCUCGUACCUACGGCUAUAUCACAAAGGCAAUGUUGCGAUACAGGCCUUCCUUCCAGGGGGCACUCUUGCCAAUAGAUGGAAUUAG